AUGUUGCUGAAAAGGUGGCUUGAUGAGAGGGAUAUAGUUCUUAGGGGAUUUCAAAGUAGCCAAUUGAAACGAUUUUUGAAUGUUGAAGUGGAGCAUUGCCCAGUGGACAUUAACGUUAGACUGGACAACGAACUUGAUCAAUUGAGCCAUAACGAGAUCAUAGAUUAUGUCAUCAAGCAAUUGAUCAAAGCAAACAAACAACAUUGUGUUUCAAUUGGUUAUAAAGCCGGAGAAUCGGUCGGGGCUGAGUAUUACUGCGAGGCAAGUAGCUUUCAAGUGAAUGUGCUGAAAUCAAGUGAAUGGAGAAUUCUCCACGAGUCCAUGGGGAGCCCUCUCUUUAUUGAUUUGCUUAUCAACUACAAAGGUUGCAUGCCUCAUGAUUCAACUUUUAUACAAUUGUUUGGCCCUCUGGACGAGGUACCUUCGAACAAGAACUCAAGGAAUUCUCAGACUUUUCGUUUGCGAAAUUUACUACGGUUUAGGCAAAAGUUAUCGCCAAUUCCGGAGACUCCCUUACAAUUAAUAAGGAUAAUGCUUGUCAGAGGAUCUGAGUUUGAUCCUAAUCUUGAAAAGGCCAGAGAGUUGUGCAACAGAAUUUAUUAUAAACAUUCCCGCUGCAAGUACAUGUAUAUAUACGACUCGAUAUGUUCACCAAAGAGGGAGAGAUGUUCAGAUAAUUUUGACUAUGCACUAGAAAAGAAGAAAGUCGUAAAAUUUGUACUUGUCAUUUGCGACACAAUUUUUCCACUGGAACUAUUUGGUGACAAAUUCAACAAAAGGAUGGCCUUUAAGAAUAUAUCGAAGUUUCUCCUGUCUUCCAAGGAAGAUUCCUUUUCAGUUAAUGACUUUGCCAACAGAAUUAAACUGAAUUCGAUAACGUGGUUAAGAAAUAAUCCCCAAACAGGAAAUCGUCCAUGCAAUAAACAAGAGUUUCGACUCAAACAAAACGUUUUUUUCCAUUUUAUUGAGUGGCUCUUCAAAACGUUUCUUCGAAAUUUGGUUGCGAGCUUUUUUUAUGUUGUUGAAAGAGCUUCAAGCUCUGAGAUAUUAUACUAUGAUCCACGAGUUUGGCGAAAGAUAUCAAAGCCAUAUGCCGAUUCUCUUUUUUCCAAAACGUUUGCAAAAAUGCAAGCAACAAAUCCAAAUCCAAGUUGCCAAAAGUCAAUUCUAAGAAUUUUGCCCAAGAAACAUGAUUUCAGACCUAUUGCAGCGUCAGCAUCUCGUGACAUUCAUUUCAUCCUAGAUAUGAUGGCGCGGUUAAGACCAACCUCUAAAAUAUUGCAGGACCUACGCCCCGACUUUUUGAAAAUAUCUCCUUCCCAAAUACCCAAGACAGUGUAUACUUUCAAACAGAAGCUAUUAAGGCACCAUGAAUGCUUACCUCAAGUUUAUGCAAUAAAAUUUGAUAUCAAAAAUUGUUUUGACAGUUUACCAAGACAGAAGAUACUUCAAUGUUGCCAAAAAAUACUACCCGAGAGAACUUUCUUUUUGUCAUCCUCUUACAAUUACAACGAAACACCAAAUCGGUUAUACUCUACUCAAAAACUAUUCACAGAUGUAAAUUUAUCGUCAGAUAGAACACCAGAUGGGCUAAUUCAUAGGAAUAAAGUCACAAAACUAAACAGAACUGCGCUCUUAGAGAUCAUAAAAGAGAGUUUGGACCAACCAUUAGUGAGUAAGGCUGGAACAUACCAAAGGAAAAUAGGUGUUUUCCAAGGCCAUUCGCUUUCUUCAACCUUUUGUGACGUUGUUUACGAUCAAUUGGUCCUUGAAUACUUCGCCAAUAUAUUGGACGAUGAGAACUCUCUACUAAUGCGUUUUGCAGACGACUUCCUAAUACUCUCAACAUCUUGGACAACGAUCGACGAUGUUCGCAAAAGAGCAAGCCUUGGUUUCCCUGAUUAUAAUGCCUUCACGAAUAAAGACAAGACAAUAGCCCAUCAUAAUUCCCAAACGUUCGAACUAAUGUAUUGUGGAGUUUCAAUCAACUUACAAGAGCUCACAACUUCAAGGAUUUCCACGGAUUUUCCAAUUUCAAAUUUGCCCCCAUUUUAUUCAGAAAAGCUAUUUUCGAAAUUGCUGACAUUAUUCAGAUUCCGAGUUUCACCAAAAAUUAUCUUCUAUAACCCCCCCGAAGCUCAAUGGAAAACUGUUCAAUGUGCUUGGGAUAACAUAAUGCUUCUUCUAAAAAAGAAUAAGGUCAGGAAAUUUCCGGUUAAACGAUUCUGCAAAGAUUGUAACGAAUAUCUUAGAUCUUUGAACAUUGAAGGUAGUCUACAGAUAUAG